AUGGCUAGGUUCUGUUGGAGCUCUGACGCUCAUCAGAGAAAGAUUCACUGGAUUGUGUGGGACAAGCUUUUUUUACCUAAGGCGUUAGGAGGAAUUGGGUUCAAAGACAUGGAACGAUAUUUUCCUUACUCUGACUUUCUCACAACAGUUGUGGGAUCGAAGCCGUCAUUUGCUUGGAAAAGUAUCAUAUUUGGUCGCGACUUGCUGCAAAAAGGGCUUAGCUGGAAGAUUGGAGAUGGAAGGAACACAUAUGUGUGGUUGGAGAAAUGGGUUCAUGACCCUAUCUUGGGAAUGAGAGCGCCGUGGGUGAAGAACAAUACGUUUGAUGUUAACCUCGGAGCUAAUGCCCUGAUUGACGCCUCUACAAGGAGAUGGAAUUUGGAGUUAUUAAGAGAGGUGUUUGUACCAGAGGAUGUGAACCUGAUUUGGAAACAUCAACCGGUGAUUGCUAGACCAGAUGGGUUCUUGUGGAAACAUAACAGAAGUGGCAACUUUUCGGUUAAAUCGGCGUAUGCUUUGGCGCAAGAGUUAAAGAUUAGGAAAGAUUUCCCUGAGGUUUUGAUGCAACCAUCUUUUAACUCAGUUAAAGAGAAAGUGUGGAAGGUUAGUACAGCUCCUAAAAUCAGAACUUUCAUUUGGAAGGCACUGAGUGAUGCUCUGCCGGUAGUAGACCUGAUCAGUAAGAGGGGAAUGAAGUGUGAUGACAGAUGUCAACUGUGUGGGCUGGAAGGGGAAUCGAUCCAGCAUGUUCUGUUUGAAUGUGAUCCGGCGAGACAAGCGUGGGCUCUCUCUGGAAUUCCUAUGCCAGAACUUGGGUUUCAAAAUGGUAGUCUUGUGUCAAACAUCAACUACUUGCUCAACUUGAAAUCCUUGAGAGGCGAAGAAGGUGAAGCAAAAAGAACAUGGCCUUGGAUAUACAGGAAAAAAGCAAAAGCUGAUGCUGAGGAAUGGUUUCUAGCUCAAGUUGUAGAUGAGGAAAUUGCUAAGGAGCUGAAAACGGUGGAGAAACAGAGAAAACACAGAUGGAGACCACCGAUUGAGGGAUGGCUCCUGUGCAAUGUGGGAUUUGAAUGGAACCAGAGAUCGAAGGUUUUGGGUGUAGCGUGGGUGGUAAGAUAUCACAGAGGAGUCGUUCUGCUUCACAGUAGAAGGGCGUUUUCUAACAUUCUGAGUUUGGAGGAUGCGCGUUUUGAAACUAUCUUAUGGGCGGCAGAGAGCAUGACGAGUCUGCGCUACAAUAAGAUGGUUUUUUCUGGUGAUUUCAAGGAACUAUUUUUGGCAAUACAAAAGCCUCACCAGUGGCCUAGUCUUGCGUUUCAGGUGGAGGAAUUGUCGGGGAAGCUUAGGUUGAUGGAGGAGUCUCAGCUUAAGUAUGUGACGAUGGAGGAGAAUACAGGAGCGACAAUCAUUGCACAAAGUGUCACGAGACAGGGAAGAGUUCGCUCUUACGUGGCUAAGGGUCAUCCGGAAUGGCUUUUUGAGCUCUUUGUGAAUGAAAGUCAAUUCCUCUGA